CUCUUAUACAAAUAAUAUUAUUAUAUUUUCAUCAUUUGGAAAAUUAAACAUAACGAUAUGGAACUCUGCUUUGUAUGUAAUGAGGUUGAAAAAAUGAUCAAUCAACCUGUUCUACAAAGUGGAGGAGGUUUUAAGAGAAGAAGUGUAGUAUUACAAGGCAGUGAAGACAAUGAUACAAGUACAAAGAGAGGAAGACAAGGGGAACCAUCCACAUCAUCGGGGCUCACCAGUGUGAACGAUGAAAUGGUGAACUGUUCUUUAUGUCAAAUCUUAAUACGGAAAAGAUAUUAUGCAAAUCAUCUUAGAAGUAACCUCCAUAAGAAUAACGUAAUGCAAUUACAUAGUACUUUAAAAAAUGUCACAGUACACGAAUCGGCUUUUGGUAAUAGAAUUAUCUCAUAUAAAAUAAAGAGUAAAUCCAACCAAUUACAAACAUUCGAAACACCAGAAAUGUUUUUGAAUUCUAUUAAAAAUGAAAUUAUUUCACUAUUUGAGGAAUCUGUUCGAUUGCUUACAAUUUUUAAAGUUAAUUUUAUUCUGCACGCUAAUUUUGUUCAAGAAACAAAAAAUAUUUCUAAUGAAUUUGAAUUUCAAACAUGUAGUUAUACUAUAAUGCAGGGUGAGGAUUUAAAUUUUUUCUUUUCGUCCUUAUGUGAUAUGUUGAUGACUAAAAUUAGCACAUUUGAGAAAAAAGAUAGUGGUUGGAGUCUUAAGAAAAUAAAUGCAUUAGACAUGAAUAUAAACAAAUUCAAUCCAUUACGUGGAAAAUCAUAUAUUGAAUUACCUAAAGAAAUCAAAUUAAAAAAAAGUGUUAUAAAUGUACAAAACUCGGAUGAUUUAUGCUUUAAAUGGGCUUUGCUUUCUGCAUUAUAUCCAGUUACUAAGAACUCUCAGAGAGUUUCAUCUUACAGUAAAUAUUCAAAUAAAUUAAAUUUUGACGGAGUUACGUUUCCUGUUAAAAUGACAGAUAUACAGAAAGUAGAAAGGUUAAAUAAUUUAAGUGUAAAUGUUUUUGGUCUUGAAUACAAUUGUAAAAAGAAAGUACAUGAAUUAGUUGGUCCAUUGUAUUUAACAAAAUCACGGAAAAUUGUUCAUAUCAAUUUAUUAUUUAUUUCGCACGGAACAAUUAAUCAUUUUUGCUACAUUAAAAACCUAUCGCGUUUAGUAAGUGGUCAAAUUUCAAACCAUGAACAUGCAAUCUACAUCUGUGACGGUUGUCUUUUACACUUCUCAACAAAUGAUAAGUUAUCAGCUCAUCAAUUGAAUGAUUGUUGUCAUAUUAAAGUGGAAUUGCCUAAUACAGAAAAAACUUUUAAAGAUUGGUUUGAACAACCAAUUUCAAACAAUGUCUUAAAAUUUGAUAAAUUUAAUAAGAUACUGGAAACAAUUUAA